AUGUGGAUUACUCCUUUUGUGUACAUUCUCUUCUCAAACAUUGAAACAAUGGCUGCAUUCCUUUUGCUUCUUUUUGUUUUGGCUAACCAUCUAACAGCUGGAUUUAGCAGACAGCUACCAGUUGCGGCAGAUGAUAACCUAGUCACUAUUCUUAGCAUUGACGGAGGUGGUAUAAAGGGCAUUAUUCCUGCUGUUAUUCUUAAAUACCUUGAGACUGCCCUUCAGAAAAAGGAUCCAACAGCAAGGAUAGCUGACUAUUUUGAUGUGGUGGCUGGGACUAGCACUGGAGGCCUUAUGACUGCUAUGCUUACCACUCCUGAUCCAAAUAACUCCAAUCGUCCUUUGUUCACCGCUGAGGAAAUCAUAAAGUUGUAUAAACAAGAAGGCCCUCAUAUCUUCGAUCAAACCAACAGCACUUGGUUCAUUAGUGUACUUGCAAGCAGUGAAUGGAAUAGUUUAACACCCGGUCCCAAGUAUGAUGGCAAGUAUCUACACAAAAUAAUAUGCGAGACACUAAACCAAACACGACUGAAUCAGGCAUUGACAAAUGUUGUCAUCCCUACCUUUGACAUCAAGCUGCUGCAGCCAACCAUAUUCUCAAGCUUUAAGCUGGAGGUACAUCCUAGUUUAGAUGCCCUACUUUCUGAUAUAAGCAUAGGGACAUCAGCUACUCCAACAUAUUUUCCACCCAUUUAUUUUAAGAACAAAGAGACCGAGUUCAAUUUAAUUGAUGGUGGUGUCGCCGCUGCUAAUCCGGCGUUGGUUGCUGUGAAUGAGGUGACACAGGCAAUGAAGGCAAAUAGUAGGGCAAAAUUUCUACUGCUAUCAUUAGGAACUGGAAUGUCAAAAACUACAGAGGAGUACAAUGCCACAAUUGCAGCAAAAUGGCCUGCUAGUUGUUGGGCAUUGGGCCCUUUUAUUGAAGUCUCUCUGCAUGCUGCUGCAGAUAUGACUAGUUAUUACCUUGCCUCUUUUUUCCAAGGUCUUCAAGCUGAGGAGAACUACCUUCGAAUUGAGGAAUAUGACUUAGAUCCAUCAGCUGACUCACUUGAUAAUGCUACAAAAGUAAAUUUGGAUUAUCUGGAAGAGGUAGGACAAAAGUUGCUAAAUGAAACAGUUCAGAAGUUGGAUGUGACAACUUUUGUCCCUGAGAAAAUACCAGAGCUGGGUACAAAUGCUGAAGCUCUUGACAGAGUUUAUUUGUAG